AUGGGGUUCCUACUUCUUUAUUCGAUUAUAUGUUGGCUGCUAAUGGGAAGCGUCGUCUCCAUCUACGACGACAACUUUGCGUUCACGUUUAAGGAGGUGAAUAGGGUCCACACUGUCAAAAGUGACGUCCUCAAAUUUGAAAUAGAACUUCUUCUGUCCUUCAACACGGAAAUGACUGCAAAGGAAUUUUUCUUAACGGCGUUGAUCCCUGCCAAAAACCUACGCGUGUUGGCCUUCCAAAGAGAAGACGACAAAGCGGUGCAGGAAAAUGUAGAAAUUCGCCUGAACAAGGAAGCUGCGGGAGAAAAAGACCCAUGUGAUUAUCUAAUCACGUCGAAGAUGUACCUUCUGAAGCUCUCCUCAGAGGAGCUUAAAAAAUUCAAAAUUUAUCGCUACCCCUUUGCGAACAAAGAGAAGCCCCCACCUGUCCCCCCCCAAUAUGAAUACUCAGAGGAAUCGCUAAAAAACUUCUUCCCCAGCGAAGGAACGAUAUACCCCUCAAACUACUUUUUAAAAAUCUCCGUGGAGGUUGCCAAGGGCGGGUUCAGCUCGGAUGGCAUUUGGAUUUUCGCCCUAGCCGAAAAGAACAACACUAGGACGGGGAACCAAGAGUGCACAAUUUACUCGAAUGAGUUGGCCGAGGUGUUUCUCCCGAUGGCCACCCACAACGACCUCUUCCUCUUGUACUGCAACAGCGCCACCAACGCGGAGCUACUCAACUUAGUUCCAGACUUGAGAAAAAGCUUCGACGUCAAAAUAUUCGCCACCAAAGCGUUUUAUGGAGCCGAGGGGGUGAAGUACACCAUUCAAAUGAGCUUAGGCGAAAUUGCUGCUGCGUUGAAGUUGGGUAGGAAUUUGAGGAGACGGUUCCUUCGGAGCCACCAAGUGGUGAUCCACCUGAAGAUGCCCCCAGACCUCUGCUACGCCAACUCCUGCUUCAGCACAAACAAGGAGGACCCCUGCCGGAACGUGAAGGCGGGCCACUUCGAGCAGUGCGCGUACACCUUCCGGAACUACGAGUUUGUGUUGAAGUCCAGCGAGGGCCAGGUCGUGCAGGACCAAGUGGAAGUGCUGCUGGAAAACAUCAACCACCCCCUCAUCAACCUGGAGAGCGAUAAAAACUGGACGAUAAAUCUCCUCACUGUGGACAGCUCCAACUUUGCCAUCAGUCAGGAACACAAAGAAAUUUUGCAGAGGGUCUCGAACGACGUGUGCUCCAAAAAGUUCAUCCAAAAAUUUGUGAACGUUCAUGCGGACAUCGUCACGUGGAUGAACUCCCACCUAGCGGUGGUGCCCACGCCUAAGUUGACGCCCCUCGUGGUGGAGCCAACCGACCAGCACGGGCUGCUGGAGGACCCCCUGCUAGUGCAGCUCAAGCUGCGCUUCCCGGAGACGCACCUCUUCAGCAAGUGCACGGUGGAGCUCAAGACCAUCCACAGUUUCGCGUCAGUCACAAGCAGGAGCGAACACCGACUAGACCGCUACAACAUGAAGUUGAUGUUACCCAACUCAGCAUUCAAGCCGGUACAUUAUGACCAGCACCGAUUGUAUGUCCAAAAAAAGGCCAUCCGAAAUAACGACUUAGUAAGGUUCGCACUCAACGUUACCAAAUACAACAGUAGAGACUACUGGAGAAUCACAAUUGGCUGUCUAAAUAGUGAGAACAAAUACAUAAGGGAGGCACAGGCCCUGUUUACAUAUCCCAUAGAAAAUAAAAAGAUGUUCCUAAGUGACCUUUACUUUGGAGAGAAGCUUGCCAACAACACCUACCUGUUUUACCUAAAUGUAUUUCUGUUCGAUGAGAAGGAAGUAGAAAUUAAGUUGUCCCUCCAGGAUGGCUCCACUCCUUUGGUGGCACGUCCCCCUACUGCAAUACAGACAAAGGAUAAAACGCACCUAACUGACACAUGUGAUGCCUAUGUCCACACCUCCUGCUACGAUUUAGUAUACCAUGAAUGCUCGAAAGAGCACCAGACUAUACUGUACAAAAUUAACUCCUACAGAUCGACGAACAAACACUUCACUGUAUUAUUCCCACUUGUCAUCCCAGAAGGAGAAAAAAAAUUCACCUUACAAAUAACUGUUGAAACGAAGAAGAAUGCGAAACGUGUACAGAAAGAUAUACACGUGGACAUAGAUCAUAUAGUAUCUCAUAACGGUAAAGCGCCUUGUGUAAAUAACCUUAUCACAACAUUGCGGAAAUAUCAAUCGUAUGAGUCCCACUUAUUUCUUCUCUUCAGAGCAGUGAAUUGCUACCGAGUGUAUGAACCCUUCCUGAUUAACCAUCAUAAAAGUGAAGGGUUUCAUGCAAAAACGGAUUCAUCACAGUAUGGAGAUAAGUUCACCUUCCAGAAAACGUACAGACAGACAUUCCCCGUGAAUUACGAAUCGGUGUCGCAACUCAUUUUCGAUCAUCACCUAAUUAGUGUCAUCACCAUUAUCCUAAUUGAUGAUGCGUUUUUUUUAAAUUCACGCAUACCAAAUGGAGAAACAGAAAUUGUCAAAUUUUUUAAAAAAAAAAUCCUCUCCCUUCCUUAUAAUAAAUAUUACCUAGUUAAUUACUCCAACCAAAAUGUACUCAUCAGUAUGUACACAUAUGUCGAUGUUGAAGAGGUCAAAAUUGACAUUGUCCAGAAAUCUUCAGACAUUCAACACGUUGUAGCAGCUUUGGAUAAAGCUAUCUCCUUUGCUGAAUAUGUAAAAUCGAAGGAGACACACUACAUGCAUACCGAGUACAGCAUUUUAUUGCUAACCGAUAUGGAAGGAAUGGACACUGUGAGAGCGGCUACAAGUCAAUAUGUUAAAAACGAAAAUGAUGUCGAGAAAAAUUUUUCGAGGAUUUACGUCCUAUCCUUUGAAAAGGGGGAAGACUUCUCCAACAAUGAUAUACUUAAUGAAUCCAUUCAGAAUGUGCAACAUAUGUACACAUACAAUACAAAAAAAACGGACCAUAUUUUCUUCACUUCCUUUCACAACUACACAGUUGAUGAGGAACUCAUGGUACACUACGCCAAGGCCGCCCUCCAAGAUUAUCUCCUCCUGCACACACAGAUUUACAAAACGGCGUGGUACUUAAUAGGCAUAUGCAGAUACAACGUCGUGAAGAACAGCCCUCCCACUCGAAAACUGCACUUGUUCUACGUUGACAAGAAUGUCAAAACUGUCACGUAUUCCAUUUCGGCUGACGAGGCCAAGAGCGUGCUCGACAACUCCUCCGCCGAUUCCUACCAGGACAUGUGCAACAUUUUCACGCAGCUGCAGUUGCUGGGGCAUAGGUAG